AUGUCCAAGGCUGCAUACUACGCGCAGUCCUCUGCUCCCCCUCAGUACUCUCAGCCCCCUCCUCAAUAUUCUCGCCGCCAACCUUUGUUAUACGGCCGUGACGACUACUACGAAGAGGAGCAGCGCCGCCACCAGGAAAGAUCUCGCUACAGUUCCCAAGCCAACUACGAUUUUGCUCCCCCUCGGGGUCCUCCUCCUUCUCAGCGCCGGUACGACGACUACGCGCCCCCUCAGGGUCCUCCGCCUCGUGGCUACAGCAACGACCACGAUUACGCCUACGACAACCACCAAUACGGCAACAACCAGCAGCUCCAGCAGUACAACAGACGACCACAGUCUCCCCAGAUGGCUCCUGGUCCUCUUUCUCUUCCCGUGGUCAUUCCGCAGCAGCGCCCUGGCUCGCCAGAGCGUGGCUUCAUGGCUGCCUACGCCCCCAUGCUCGAGUCUGCUGGCCUGGACCAGCGCACAUUCAUGUCCUUUCUGGAUGAGUUCAACACGGCUGUCCAGGGCAACAAGUACCUUGCCGGUGUUCAGGUUGUCUCUUUCGGUGUUGGCUUCACUCCCGAAAUCAUCACCACUUGCGUCGCUACCGCUGUCCAGCUGGGUGCGUACGCCGCCAACAAGGGCUUCGUCAAGCACAAGACCAACUCGACCCUUGACAAGUUCAACAAGGAAGUCUUUGGUCCUCGUGGUCUCUUUUGCAUGAUUAUGAAGUACGACCCCAUCGGCCAGGACCCUUACCUCGCCGAACAGGCUGCCAACGGCGGCACCUUGAACAAGCUCAGUGGCAAUGGGCAAAAGAGCUGGUCCAAAGACCCUGUUUCCGGUACCCGUGAGGGCAUCAACGCUCUUCCCACUGCCGUCGCCCCGCUCAUCUACAUGGACGAGCGCCGCGCCCACAAGGAGUACCUCGCCAACGACGGCAAGGUCUCUCCCGAGCGCAGCAGCCCCGUCGACAAGGCGACGACGACCAAGCAAAAGGCCAAGAACGCCUUUGAAAACUUCAACGACUAUCUCGAUCGCCGCGCCCGUGCCAAGUACGCGUCCGAGAACCAGGGCGAUAUCCUCAACACACCGCUCACCAAGGGCUUCUCCAACAAGUUCCUCGACCCCAACUCCUCCAUGAACAAUGGCGGUCUCCUCGGCUUCAUCUCUGGCGGUGCCUUUGCUCAGGACCCCGAGACGCGCCGCAUCAAGAAGCUCAAGAGCAUCGCCGAGGAGGAGGAGCGUCUCAACAAGGAGUACCAGGAGCGUGUCGACCAGGUCCAGCAGCAGCGCCAGAGCACCCGGGAAACUGAGCGCCAGAUCAAGUACAUUGAUCGCGACUACCAGCCUCGCUUCGCCGAGUUUCGCCAGAAGCGCAGAGAGCUUGAGACGGGUCCUGAGCGCUCCAUCAAGGAAAAUAUUCUCUACCUCACCAUUGUCAACCGUCCUUCAGACUCUCAGCUGGCUGCUGCCACUGACAAGAUCAACCACGGCCAUGCAAUGCCUGGCGGACCUCAGGGGCAGGUACUGUAA